GGCCCGCGUAGGAGGGUUUCGCGCCGAUUUCUGCAGCGUUCCGUUUCAUUCAUUCUAUGUGACUGUCGAGAUAAAGUACUAAGUGCUAAUCAAACUAGGCGGGAGACAAAUUAUUCAUAGAUAACAUAAAACAUAAUACAAACUUGCUUAGUGUCGUUUGGCAUAGAGAACGAAUAUCGCGCGUUCUAAGUUUGAAAAAGAAAAAAAUAUAAUAAACGCGGAAAAUGUGUUCGAAAUGGGAUAAUGAUGAGGUUAUCCAGAGAUUUAGAGAAUAUAUAAGGAUUCCUAGCGUCCAUCCUGACAUUGAUUAUGAGUUUCUAAAGAAACAAGCGCAUGAUUUGGAUUUGCCGGUGGCUGUGUACGAGUUUGUACCGAAAAAGCCGGUGGUGGUGAUAACAUGGGAGGGGGCACAACCGGAGCUACCAUCCAUCCUUCUCAACUCGCAUAUGGAUGUUGUUCCUGUUUAUGAAGAACAUUGGACCUACCCUCCAUUCGAUGCUGUUGUGUCAGAAGAUGGCUUUAUCUACGGACGAGGUACCCUGGACAUGAAGGGUAUAGCCAUGAUGCACUUAGAAGCAGUCAGGAGACUGAAAAAUGCUGGAGUCAAGUUGAUGAGAACUGUUCAUUUGUCUUUUGUACCAGAUGAGGAAACAGGUAGUGUGGACGGCAUGCGGGUCUUCUCAGAAUCUCCAGAGUUUAAAAACCUGAACAUUGGCUUCGCCUUAGACGAGAGCGCACCCAACUUGCAUCCGACGGAAAUCAUGGCGUUUUAUGGGGAAAGGACUUCAAGGCAGAUCGUUGUGACAUGUCGUGGUGACCCCGGACAUGGUUCUUUGCUCAGCUCUAACACUGCUGGUGAAAAGUUGCAUUACAUUAUAGACAAGUUCAUGACGCUUCGUGCUGAAGAAAAGAGGAAGGCAGACAGCGGCACCUGGGUCGGAGACAUUACUACGAUCAACUUGACACAAUUAUCGGGUGGAGUCCAGAUAAAUGUGCUCCCUGAAAACCUAUCAGUAUCAUUCGAUAUAAGAAUAGCUCCUGACGUUGAUCAUGAUGAGUUUGAUGACAUGAUAUUAAGAUGGUGCAGAGAAGCAGGCGAUGGAGUCACCUUCGAAUACGUAGUCAAGAACCCACAAGUUAAAAACACAAAAAUAGACGGCAGCGUCCCUUUCUGGGAUGUUUUGAAAAACGUCGUCGCUGACAUGGGAUAUACAAUAAAAUGUCUGAUAUGCCCCGGAGCAACGGACGCGCGUCACAUUCGUCGACAGGGUAUUCCAGCCAUCAACUUCUCCCCAAUUAUGGACACUCCCAUGUUAUUACAUGCACACAAUGAAAGAAUACAUAUAGACGUCUUCAAAAAGGGAAUCGAUAUUUUCGAGAAUGUUCUUAAAGCUGUCGCUAACGUUCCAUGAAUAAGUAAAAUAU